GCAACGCAAUUCUCACUGCAUUUCACCAACUAACGGUGUGAAAGCAUGUUUUGCCGCAGCAAACCACCACUUCCGGAAACAAACUAGAAUAAACAUCAACUCUCAGGUACGCUUUCACUACCGGGAAAUCACGUAAGUGACCAUCCCAAACGUUACCAGUGCCCAACCACCACCGAGACCAUGCAGAUCAUGCUGCUGCUUCAGCGCCAAACGAUCCUCCGGUUAACAACCGUGCUGCUGCUGACUGUUGGGACCCUUCUGCAGAGCAGCGAAGCCCGAACCGUUGACGUCAGCCCGGAAAAAAGUGAAACCAUUACGUUCAUCCACGAUGACGACAAAAUCGACAUCUACAGGUCACACGACAACGACGACGCGGGGAAGGGCCUCGAAACUGACGAAGACAACGAGGUAAUUUCGGUGCGGCUGCUCAACAGUUUUCAGCUGAUGAAACCCUACGCUGGACUGCAGAAGGAGGAGGAGGAGGAAGAGCUGGAGGAAGGGCAGAAUGUUUCGUACGAAAAUAUACUGGAGUCCGAGGAUGGCCCGGUCGAGCUGACCUCGAGAAAUGACACUGCCGUGAUGAGUUUGCUGGAAACGUCUACCGUUAGUACUUCAACGAGUUCAAGUUCUACGACUAGUUCAAGGUCUACGACUAGUUCAAGUUCUACGACAGGUUUAAGUUCUUCGACAAGUUCAAGUUCUUCGACGAGCAGGUCAACAACCGUUGAGGUUCCUACGGAACAAGCUACGACUUCAACGAUCGAGCCUAUGACGAGACCUUCUUCAACGACAACAUCGACCACGUUACGACCUACAACUUCUACCUCCACGGUCAACCCAGUAGUUGUAACUCCACAACCGAUAGUUUUCGGAAAUCGGAAACGUACGGCAAGGAACCACGCCGAUUACUACCAAUAUCCCAGCAUUGAUCUAGAUCAGCUGGACUUUGAUGACCUGGAAUACUCCGACGUGGACGGAAUGCGUCUUAAAGAGCUUCUGGCAACACGAUUCAUACCGAAAAGUUCCGAACAACACCACCGAGAUCAACCCACCAAUAAAGACUGUCCUUGCGCCACUGAACAGCCACAAUCAGCUCCCGUCGACGCUGAAGACUACGACUACUACCAGGACUUGCCAACACCUCAACCUCAUCCUCCAAUGAUGCCGCACCAUGCCAACGCUCGAUUCGCCCGCCGAAAGCGACUCCAGCGGCAGCAACCCGAGCAAGCUUCCGAAGAAUACCUGGCCCCGACGAUGCCGAUGGACGGCGCCACCAGCAUGGAGCGAGCCGAGCGGAUGCACGGUGCCCUCGAGCGGAUCAUGGGCAUAGUGACGAUCAUGUCGCACGUUGAUAACUUCAUCCAGAAGAAAACCAAACAGUCGAUAAGGCGGCUCGCGCGGCUGUACGAGAGCAGUGAAAAGUGAGCAGAAAAUUGUUAAUAAAAAAAAAUGUGAUAAGA